AGCUGCUUCUUUAGCCAUAAACCCCGCUAGCAAGUUAGCUAUUUUAUUUCUUUAUUAAAUUUUUUUUAAACCGUACAUUUUGUGUGUUUUGGUUUGUUUAUAAAUAAUUAUCCAAUAAUUAUGUGUUUGUUACUUGGUGCGACCGGCGUCGGAAAAACUCUGCUCCUGAAACGCCUGCAAAAUAUCCUUACUCGGCUAGCUAGCCGCAAUGAGCUACAGCUGGGUCAGAAGGGUGAACCUGCAGAUGUAGGAGAACCUCCAGCUACCCUGCCCACGGUGGGCACCAACCUGACUGAUUUGACCCUGAGGAAGAAAAGAGUGACUGUGAGAGAGCUAGGAGGCUGCAUGGGUCCCAUCUGGCCCAGCUACUUUAGGGACUGCACAUCUGUGAUUUUUAUGAUAGACUCAGCCAACAUCACACAGAUUUCCUCCUCCUGCAUCCAGCUGCUGGGUGUUCUCUCAGCUACACCACUCCGGUCCGCCUCUGUGCUCGUGCUGUUUAACAAGAGUGACCUUCCCUGUACCAUGUCCCUAAAGGAAAUGAAAUCACUCUUCAGAAUAGAUGACAUCAUUGCCUCUGCUCCCCAGUCGAUCACAGUUUUGGAGCUCAGUGCUCGCUCUGGAAAGGGCCUUCAGGAAGUGCUACACUGGCUGGACUCGACUCAACCUGACUGACCUGAAUGAUAUGAAUAUCUGAUCAUGGAAGAUAUUGACACAUAGAGCCUAACAGUACGUAAUAAUGCAAACAUCAGUGCUAGGAUCACAACCUGGUCAGCUUCAUCAAACUGGGCUAAAAAUGCAAGGGAGAUGAUAAAAUCAGCUCAACUGUUACAUGAGUUCACACUUUUGUGGUCGAUGAUUUGAUAUGAAAAGGCGAAUUUCAGUCUCGCUAUGGAAGCGGUAAUGAUACUUGUCAGUUUUCUAGAAAUUCUCACAUCUGCUCUUUAGCAUGAAAAAAAAAAUACUUGACAUCCUUAGUAAAUGCCCGGUCAUGGCUGCGGUGGUAUAAAUGAUGCUACGAGUUUGUGUAUAUUUUAGAAAAUGCAAAUAAGUGUAAUUAGAAUUCAUCAGACGGGUGUAAACGGUUAAAGUACUUGGGUAAGUGGAGAUAAAACACACUUCUGUGCAUCCCAAAAGUGAUGAGAUUGAGGAAAUGUCUCUUAGUCUUCUAAUUCAAGCGAAGAGAAAAUUGUAUGCCACUUUAUCCAAAGACGUCCAACAGAAUUGUAUGCCUCCAACUUUUGUCAGAGCACCAGAUAUGUCUGGAAAAGUUUGGUGUCCCAAUACUUUUGUCGAUAUAGUGUAUUUGAAGUAAUAAACAAAUACAGGUGCAGAUUAUUCUGUUAUCUGACCAGAUUCUGGUUUUGCAUAAUAUUGGUGUUCUGGUCAAAUAAAAAAAAAUUAAAAGAAGAGUAUUUUCUGACUAAUGUAAGUAAUGAAACUAUGAAACACAACCAUGAAGCAAAAUAAUCAUAAGCGAGAUGCAUUUUCAUUCCUAUAUUUGGUGAGAAAUCUUUUCUAUUUCCAGAAGUCUCUUAUUCACACAUUCUGUUAGUAAAUCACUCCACAGUAAAUUCAUUCCCUUCAUGAAGUGUGUUCACUUAGCAGCCAAUUUAAAAGACAGGUUUAAAAAAACCUCAAAAAACAGACAGACAGACAAACAUGUCUUGGUCUGGUGUUAAAUAUCUGGCACACUGAUCAGACUUGCUUGACUGGGAGAGCUUCAUUAUCAGGAUGGCUAGCUUCCAUGCUAUUCUGCUCAUUGAGAUCAGUCAUCCAGAAUGAAUAAUACAGAAGAAAAGUGGAACAGGAAGUCCCCAGGGUGUAUGGAACACUACAGGAAGGGUUACUAAAGCAGGCCUAGAGAGUUGUAAAGUCACUGGACAUUAUGGAGUAGGCUGAAGUUUUGUCUGAAAGUAGAUCAUGUUCCAAUACA